AUGUCAUCUGUAGCGCCCUCCAGAUCCCUUCAGGCCUCCGCCUUAACCUUCUUGAUCCUGUCCAUUGGACACACGGUUCAAGGCACACAGUGGACGGCCGAAAAGUCUUUCAAGAACAUUAAGGGCUCCAAGCCAUGGACCUGCGGCACUCUGGGCUGGUAUCAGGGAGGCGCGUUUCUUCUCAUGACUAGUAUUAUCCACUACCAGUGGUCCAAUAACCCCGCAGCUCUCAACGACCCGCUCAACAAGGCCAUUGCCGGCAUUGUCAAUGCUAUUCUCUGGGCUAGCUCGGCCUGGUACGCCAAGAUGGGUGUUAAAGAUAAUUGCGUGGCGGUGGGCCUCUCUGCAGCCCUGCAGGCAUACUCUGUCUUCCUGUAA